UCCGCGCAUGCGUGUAGGCUUCAGAGGGCAAAGUUCAUGUGACUCAUCGGCCGAGAAAAUUUUUUCCAACCGUGUUUCUGCGUCUUACGUAACUUUUACAGCCUUAAUAACGAUUCCCAGCGGGUCUUAAGCGACACAAAGACGUGAGUAGAGGAUGGAAGGUGACCGUGAGAGCGGGAAGAAGGCGGGAGAGCGGCCGCGGAAGGAGAGCGAGCGGGCCUGCGUGCUGUGCUGCGGGGAGACGGAGAUUCUGGCGGUGGGCGAGUGCGACCAUCCCGUGUGUUGGAAGUGUUCCACCCGGAUGAGAGUGCUCUGUCAGCAAAACUACUGCGCUGUCUGCAGGAAAGAUCUAGACAAGGUGGUGUUCACUACUAGAAGACAGGCGUUUGCCUCUAUUUCAACGGAACACUUGCGUUUGGAGAGGAAACACGGGAUUUACUUCGCCGAAAAUGUCACACAGAAGCGAUACAGAGAACUCCUGGAGCACACGUGUAAAGAGUGUCCUGAGAAGCCAACCUUCCGAACCUUCGCUCAGCUCAACAAACACAUGCGGAAACAACAUGAACUCUUCUACUGUGAUCUCUGCAGCGAACACCUCCAGAUCUUCUCGUUUGAGCGUAAGACCUACAGCAGGAAGGAGCUGGCUGAGCACCGGCGUAUCGGUGAUAAGGACGAGAAGUCGUACCGUGGACACCCUCUGUGUGAGUUCUGCGACGAGCGGUACGUGGACAACGACAGUCUGCUCAGACACCUGCGUACAGACCACUACUACUGCCACGUGUGUGACGCGGGCGGGAGUAACCAGUAUUACAGUGACUAUGACGUGCUGCGUAACCACUUCCGUGACGCCCACUUCCUGUGUGAGGAGGACGAGUGUCGGGAGGAGAAGUUCACGUCGGUGUUCCCCACAAACAUCGACCUGAAGGCUCACCAGGCCGCCGUGCACCUGAAGAAGCUCAGCAAGGCUCAGGCUCGCCAGGCCAGGCAGCUGGACAUGAACUUCCAACUGGUGCCCAGGCAGAGCGGCUUCACUGGCAGGGGAAGAGGUAUGGUGAAUAGAGAAGACUAUGAGGAUGUGGGUUCUAACCAGCACCCAGGCAGGAGAAACAGGAAAGGACAAGGACAACAAGAAAGGGAACAGGCAGCAAGGGAAAAGGCCAUGCUUGCGGCAGCGUUGAAGGCCUCUGUGCAGUACGAGUCCGAAAAUCGCAAGGAAGACCGGGAAGAGGACCGCUCCGUCGCCCCCGCCGUCAAACCGGAUGACUUUCCUUCCCUCGGAGAAGUGGCGGGUUCCCUGUUCGAUAAACCGGAGGACUUUCCUUCGCUCAAAGCUGUAGCGAGCAGUCUGACUUCGCAGCAGACCAGCCAGAGUGGUGCAGCGUCUGCACAGCAGAGUAUGGCCAUGAGGGUCGGACACAACUUCAGAAGGUCUGUGAAGAACGGGACUUUAAACGAAGAGGAUUUUCCCGAGCUUGGUGCCAACCAGAAAAAGACGAACCCCGUAGCACCACUAGCAGGCCGGUGGACAGGGUCUGAGUCAACAUCUGGGAUGUCAGCUAGCCAACGGCUUGCCCAAGACUUUCCUCCUCUACAGACUCUCAAAAAACAGAGCAAUCCCAUCCAGGCAGCUGUACCCAAAAGACCGCAGCCCUCAGGAAACGUGAACCAGAGUAAAACUACUAAAACUGCCCCGAAACACGGUCCACAAGAGGAGGAGUACCCAGCUUUACCAGCAAACUACGUUCCCUGGAGCAAAGUACAGGUCGUGCCGACACAAGAUAAAGAGAACGUGAACAGAAGAGCUGUUUCUCAGGCACCGCCAACGCAAGACGACUUUCCCGCGUUAGCCCCCGCUGCAAAAACUUCUCUGCAGUGGACAAAGAAACCAAAACAGACUAAACCACAAGUAGUUUCGAAGUGGUCCACUUUAGCUAAUGAGGAACCAGUGGACAAAAGUAAGGGUUCUGAAAGACAGAAAGCUGAAAAGAAGGUGUCAGAAGGACAAAAAGCUGAAAAGAAGGUGUCAGAAGAUACGGCUAAUAAGAAAAAGAAGAAGAAGAGGAAGAAGAAUAAAGGUGGUGGAAGUGGAGAGGAUGAUGAGAAGGGGAAGGUAGAGAGUUUGAAUGACGUUGCAAACAGUUUGAAACAAGUUGAUGAUGCUGCUGCUACUUUGGUGGCACAGAAUGGAGAUGGCCUGAAGAAUGACACAACAGAGCAAGCGAAGAAUAACUGCAUGGAGCCAACCACUCUGCUAUCUGAAGACAAUACGCAAGGGGACGGUAACGAUAUAAAUGUACAAGGAGACAGUGAUAAGGAAGUUGAUGUCCCUUCGUUUACCGACGCCCCGUCGUUUAGUGAUGCGGACUUCCCCAGUCUUGGCUCUGACGUUUCAAGUGCCUACUUCAGCACAGCACUACCUAAGGAAAUCUUGCCGCCUGGUUUAGGGAAACCACCUGUUCAAGCGGCAGGACCGCCUCCGGGUCUGUCCCAGCUUGCAGACUCCCUCGUCCAGGGGCCACCUAUCACAAAAGCUCCCCCAGGGUUCCAACCGUACACCGCCCCAGAACCCCUUGCCCCUGCCCCCCUCCCCCUUCCCGCAGUCGAUCCCGGGCCGUACAUCCAGCCAGACAAUUUCCAGCAGCGUAAUCAGCAGCUCAUGUCGUCCAUCAUGGAGUGUCUGAAGGAGAACAACAACAUCGGGCAGUUCAAGGACUUCUCCCGGAGGUUCCGUCAGGGCGCGCUGCCGGCGGCCGAGUACUACACCAUCUGCUGCAAACUCUUCCAGAAAAGCUUCUCCGCCAUCUUCGUGGAACUUCUCGUGCUGCUGCCGGACGCGCGCAAGCAGCAAGAACUGUGGCAGGCGGUCACGGCGAGCGGUCAGCAAAGUUGCGACAUCAGUUCGCAGUGUUUGUCUUGUCCGACUUGUCUUCAGAUCGUGAAGAACAGUGACUUCAGUACACACACUCAGAAACAUAGCCUUGAUAAUGACUUCCCCGCCCUGUCCUCUGUUCUACCUCCUCCAGGUCUGAUUCAGGACUUCCCGUCUCUUGGAGAACCAUUUGGCACAAAGAAAACUUCAGCAUGGAAGAAAAUGUAACUUGUUUGUUCCUUCUGUAGAUACUGCAGUAAUACUAGGCUUAUUUGUUGAAUAAAGAGAAUGAAAUUAGACUGCUUAAAAAGAGGGAGACUGUGAAGAUACAAAGAAGCUUUUUGAUGCAACAAAAAAUACAGCAACUUUCGUACAGUCAACAACAAACUACAUAUAGAAAUACAAAGUAAAUCUUAGAAAACAUAUUUACUAGUCAGAGUGAUAUAUGCAAUACUUUGUCAACCCAGCUGUUCUGCAUAAUAGAAUGUUCAAAGAUAUUUAGCACCUUUAGUGAGGGAGGCUUGCUAUUCGAAAUUAUUGAUAGAAAUAUAGAUUUUUCCACAUUGUGUUUGAAGACUAUCCUUUCUUGCUUCUGCUUUCAAAGUUAGACAAAACCUAGCUAAUCUGUUAUGUUAAGCCUUAUGUCAAAGGCCUUUUCGUUUAAAACUAUUGUUAUGAGUGAGCCCAGAAUGCUUCCUUGUGGUACACAAAUAUAGAUAACAGCAACAAAUGCCAUCACCAAAAACUUGUAAAAAUUACAACAGGGAAAACAAAAUACUAUCGGAUAUUGUAGUUUCUGAAGGAAUUUAAAACUUGCAUUCUGCCAACUUGUGUUCGCUUUCUGUGAUUAUCACGAUUGAACAAUAAACUGAGUAAUGGA